AUGCAGUACGUCGUCCUCUCGUCCCUUUCCGGUGGCGACUCGGCGACGCUCCGGCGAAUGGACGCGGGCUCGCAGACGUUCGUGUGUGUCGUGUGGGCUGCCGCCGUCGUUGGCAUUGGCGGCCUCCACCAGCGCUCGAUCCACAGAGGCCUCUUGUGCUGUCGGCCACGUGCAGCUCGGACCGGUGGAAAACCAGCUGCUGGAGGUGCUGACGGCGCGACGCUUCCAGACGAGACACUCACGGAGCGCUUACGACUCGUGGGCGAGAACUGGUUUGCGACGGUGGCCAGUGGCACUGCGUUUUGCACGGACUGUGGCGACGCGAUGCCGUCAGGAGACGCGAACCCGGACGUGUGCAUGUCUCAGUCCAAGAGCCAAGUGCUGGAGCGGAGGCGGCAAUUGGCGUAUCGUACGUACCUCAGCACAACGGCGUUUGUGGACCCGAAGCACGCGAAGGACGGCGGUGUGAGAAUGAUGGACAGUGACCGCAGUAUCCGCUGGAUGGACUCUGGCGUGCAAGGCCCGGAGACCCAGGUGUCGUACAUGCAGACUCCUGCAGACUUCUCACGUGGCCGUGAUGGUUUCGACUCGGCAGCUUUUGCUGGUACGAAUGCUGUGUUCUGUCGCCAAGCCUUUGACCCGAUUGGUGGCUUUCAGUACGGUAUACUUAGACUGACGAUGCGUUUACGAGAACGUGGUUCACACUCCUGGCUGGGACUCGAUAAGAAGCGUUGGGCGAAGGGUUCUGUGGAUAUUCUGCUGAUGCCAAAUGGGCGCGAAGUCGACCCGGACUGGCGUCUGCCGCGCAUGCCUGCCUUGGACCCGAAGUCGUCCCUCACGUUCCCGCGCAAGAUGUUUAUCUACGGCUCGGUGAUGUACCCGUUCGAUUCGAUUCCUGCUCUGUGUUACGUGGCGAUCGCCGUCUACUACUUGUGCACGGGAGACGCGCCGAUAUACGCUCGUCAAUCUACGCUCGUGGAACGAAGUUUCUGUACUCUUUCUAGCUCGUGA